AUCCAAACAUAAUUGCUAUGGGUUUUCCUGCGGAGAGGCUUGAAGGAGUAUACAGGAACAACAUUGAUGAUGUAGUAAGGUUUUUGGAUUCAAAGCAUAAAAACCAUUACAAGAUAUACAAUCUAUGUGCUGAAAGACAUUAUGACACAGCCAAAUUUAACUGCAGAGUUGCACAGUACCCUUUUGAAGACCAUAACCCACCACAGCUAGAGCUUAUCAAACCUUUUUGUGAAGAUCUCGACCAGUGGCUAAGUGAAGAUGACAAUCAUGUUGCAGCAAUCCACUGUAAAGCUGGAAAGGGACGAACUGGUGUAAUGAUAUGUGCAUAUUUGUUGCAUCGAGGCAAGUUUUUAAAGGCUCAAGAAGCCCUAGAUUUCUAUGGGGAAGUAAGGACCAGAGACAAGAAGGGAGUGACAAUUCCCAGUCAGAGACGCUACGUGUACUACUAUAGCUACCUGUUAAAGAAUCACCUGGAUUACAGACCAGUGGCACUGCUGUUUCACAAGAUGAUGUUUGAAACAAUUCCCAUGUUCAGCAGCGGAACUUGCAAUCCUCAGUUUGUGGUGUACCAGCUAAAGGUAAAGAUAUUCACCUCCCCUUCAGGACCCUCAAGACGUGAAGACAAGUUUAUGUACUUUGAAUUCCCUCAACCUUUGCCGGUGUGCGGUGACAUCAAAGUGGAAUUUUUCCACAAACAGAACAAGAUGUUGAAAAAGGACAAAAUGUUUCACUUUUGGGUAAAUACAUUCUUCAUAGGACUGGAUGAAAAUUCAGACAAAGUAGAAAAUGGAAGUCUAGUUGCAGAUCAGGAACUUGAUGGUAUUUUCAGUACAGAGCGCUCAGAUAAUGAUAAGGAAUAUUUAAUCCUUACAUUAACAAAAAACGAUCUAGACAAAGCAAAUAAAGACAAAGCCAACAGAUAUUUCUCUCCAAACUUCAAGGUGAAGCUAUUUUUCACAAAAACAGUAGAAGAGCCAUCAAAUCCAGAGGCUAGCAGUUCAACUUCUGUAACACCAGAUGUUAGUGACAAUGAACCUGAUCAUUAUAGAUACUCUGACACCACUGACUCUGAUCCAGAGAAUGAACCUUUUGAUGAAGAUCAGCAUACGCAGAUUACAAAAGUCUGAAUAUUUUUUUUAUCAGAGAUAAAAAA